AUGGUGAGAUACACGCUCUCUACUGUGGUUGCCUUGCAACUUGGCUGGUCCUCGUUGGCUGCGGCUGCAUCCAUUCACCUUAACGACCUCUUCUCCAGAACAGAUUCCUGUGCGAGUGGCUUUAACUCUUGUGGAAGCUCGUAUCCUUCAAACUUUUGCUGUCCGUCAAGUGAUAAAUGUCUUGGGCUCGACAGCGGUUCAUCGGUGCUCUGCUGCCCGAACGGUGCUGACUGCACGUAUAUCCAACCGAUUACCUGCGAUGUCCAAGCACAGAAUGCCACUUCCGAUCCUUCUGCCAACGUCAAGACCACCCGGCUGUCCGAUCAGCUGGCGACAUGUGGUAGUGCCUGCUGCCCAUUUGGUUAUUCCUGUGCGAAUAACAGCACUUGCGUACUGGAAAAGUCCACUUCGUCAGAAGCAUCCACUACAUUGUCUGGAACUGGUGCGACCACAGUCCCGGCUACUCUGUCGACAACUUCACCCACUGCUACUGCUACUGUUUCACUAUCGGUUCCAUCGUCAACAACGGCGGCAGCGGUUUCUCCUGCUCUCUCAUCAACUACCGCAGAAGCAGAGGUAUCCGCGACAUGUCAAGAGUUUCCCGUCAAAGCUGUUGUUGCCGGCUUCUUUCCUGGAUUGAUAAGUGGCGCCCUCGCCGCUGCAAUCAUUUUCCUGUGCAGAAGAAAGACCAAAUCCGAAGAGAUGGCAAAGGAAAAAGAGAAACGCAUCUCUCCGCGACCAGCUCCCAUAGAGAUCUCAGAUCCUAUUCCAGCCGAUGAAAGCUUCUGCCGAACCGACUUUCUCCUUCAACGGUUUAGUGGCCGGUAUCCCAGUAACCCGCGCUCCAAAUCAGUGCUCAAGAGAACCGGAACCAGAGUCAAAAGCAUUUUUGUGUCGAGCGAAAGCCCGCAGUGGAACAGUGCUAGCCCUCCGCCUCCAAUGCCUGCAUACAUCCCAGUUACGCCACCGCAGCAGACUGCUCGUCAGCCACAUGGAGCACGCCAGCCCAGUACGGAGAGCAUCAAAGUAUACUCUCCUCCGAAUAUGCUAAGCACCAGUCCCACUCUACGGCCAGGGGCUGCUCGUACUGUCCAGCGAGAGCGUCCGCAGACUACGUUUAGCCAGGUGAUGGAAAAGGCUGGUUUCCAGAACUCCAACGGAGAUCCUUACUACAGGGUUACGGAAACUCCAGCACCAGGUAUUGCAUACUGCAAAGAACAUAUUCAAUAUCCCCGAAGUAUACAGUCGCGGCAGCCAAUCCCAGGCGGGCGUCAUCUCCGCAUUGACACCUCUCGCCCAGCUCCGUUGUCCGUAAACAAUCCAACACUCCCCGCAGAGAACAGUCCCUCGUCUCAGAGCAGACAUGACCUGACAAUGUCAGGUGAGAAAGGAGGAGGCGCAUCCACCUCUGAGCAAUCCGCUCUUUCAAACGCCCCCAAUUCAGCCAUGGACAACAACAGCACGGCCGUGCCAAAGACCGCCGCGGUGGUCAGCCACGCGCUCCCUCCCGAGAAAAAGGAAGCAGUCUGGACGCGGACAAAGGUCAUUCUAUCCUUCUGGGCUGUGAUUAUCUUUUUGGGGCUUCCUGUGUGGUGGAAAACAACUUCAAUCUACCGGGCCUCGCUGCCCCUUGAGGAGAUGAUGAGCUGGGCAGAGGGAAGGGAAUGCAAACCAGAAUUUCCACUCGAAAUACUCCUCCGUACACCAUCGAUACCCAUCCUUGAAGCGCAGAACCUGUUGAGAACGACCCAGCAUGCGCUGGACGACUUGAACGAGUUCCCAGUCCACCACCUCCGCCUCAAACUCGCAGAACAACAGGCGACGACCGCGAAUGAAAAUGGACAAGAGCUGAGAGAUGAUGUCGGAGGAAGGGAAAGUCCCAAUACCGCUCUUGUUGUGAACCUCGUCCCUCAGGAGAUUGCAACUCCCAAAUCCGAGCUGCACUCGUAUUCCCCCCGUCUGGAUAUCUUCUAUCCCCCGAGCCAGCUCCCGCCUGCAACGUCGUCAAACUCGCCGUUGGUUUCUUACAUUGCAGACGAGAUUCAAAAACUUUAUAUUGAGGAAAAGGCGACAAUUGCACAUAUUCUUAGGGAGAGCAAUAUCGUACUGCCUUCUUCGCCUGCACCGGGUCAAUCGAAUGGAGUCAACUCUAUAUCGCCGGAAUUGACAGAGCUUGUUAGCACGCGAGUUGCAAAAUCCCUCAAAUACGCCGAGACCUAUCACUUGUCGUUUUCGCUGUUUACGCCUGGUUUCCAGCCGUCAUCGUGGGAAAUCGAGGAUGCGAUUGAUUCAUUCAUGACGCCGGUGCUGGAUGCGCUUUCGCCCAUCAGUAAUUUCACUGUCAACACACAGGUUCAAUUAUACGCUUCUUUCUCGCCUACUUCUCCUCUGCCCGAGUUUGAUGAGAUUACUCAACAAUGGACAUUGAAGCAAGAGGAUCUGAGUGCCUUUAUCAAUGCGGCAGAAUGGCCUCUAAGCCCUAGUAUUGGCAGUGGUCCGACAAUAAACUUCGUCCUCUACGUGCCUGCGCCGACUCAGUCACCGCUCGUGAUCAAGGAGAACCAGGCAACUAGCUGGAUUGUGCCACAAUGGGGCGGCGUUACCAUUGUCAACCCGCCUCUCGCGACUACAACCAGCAGCCCUACGAAUCCGCCUCAUCUAUCCAAAGAAUCGCUCAAGCCUGCGCUCCUCACAUUCUCACACCAACUCCUCACCCUCUUGGGUACACCAGCCUCACCUCCUUCUCUCCCUCUCCGCCUGCAGACCUUGAUCCGCAUCCGCGCUGCCAUGCUUUUACUAUCUGCGUCGUCGACAAUGGGCUCACUGGCACGCCUGACACAAUCUCUCGCCUCCAUCCCCGUACCCGUCGCCGUUGCAUCAUCCGUAUCCACGACCCUGUCGCACCUCUCGUCGACCUGCCAGCUCCUGCGCGAAGGUAAAUCCACGCCGGCCCUGGCCAGCGCGCGAGUCGCCGAAAACGCGGCCGAAAAGAGCUUUUUUGAAAAGAGCAUGGUCGGACAGAUGUAUUUCCCAGACGAGCACAAGGUGGCAGUGUACCUACCUUUGCUGGGGCCCAUUGGGGUUCCGUUGAUUAUUGGCUUGUUGAGGGAAGUGAAGCGGAUUGUGACUGAUUUGAAACAGAAGAAGAGUAGAUAA